UUAUACCAGUGAAGAUGAAGAUAGCAAAAAAAGUCUUGCAGGAAACAAGGUAAUAAGGAAGAAAUCAAUGCCAGUGAAUUGUCUCAACUCGCAGAACUAAAGAUACAGUUGCCUCGCGACAAUAUUCCACUUCUUCAUGAAAUUUCAAGACCUAGUGCACCUACAGGCAAUGAAAUAAAUGUAGCAAAAAAACAUAAAGCCAAAAGAGGACGAUUCAGCCAGGCAGAAGAUGAACUGAUAAAAAAGAAUUGGGAAACUUUGUGCAAGAGCCAUAAUUUAACUGUAAGACCCUCAGCUAUGUUCAAACUUCCAAGGACAAUGUCAAAAAUAGAACAAAUUAAAUUUUUACAAUAUUUGAGUACUGGAUUGGAUGAUAGAAUUCCUAUAAGAAUUUUCCAAAGAUUCAGAACCUUAUUCCGAGAAAAAGUCAAGACAGGAAGAUAUUCUGCAAAAGAAGAUAAGCAAAUAUUGGACUUUAUGAGGAAAACCAAGUCAUGGAAACCUUAUCAUGAUUUAGGGAUUUUACUAAAUCGUGUUCCAAAAUCGGUCGAGGAUAGAGCCAGAACAUUGCUGGAGGGUAUAAAAAAUGUCCGCUGGGAUAUGGCCAUGGCUGAACGUCUUAUCAAAGCAUUAUUGAAGGCCACAGGUAAACGAAAAGCUGAAGAUUUAGAACAGAUUGCACUAACUUCUGACCAAUGGAAGGAAGUGUCCUCAUUGUUAGAUAACAUACCUGUUGCUAAAAUAAAAUCAGGUUGGAAGAUAAAUGUGCAUCCGAAACUUUUUGAAACUGAAGCUACUGUUACGGUUAAAAAAGAUCUUAUACGAUUCCCAGACGGCAAAGUAAAAAAUGAAAUUGACUUUAUACUCUCUAACUUCAACAACAUUGCUAAGGAUGUUACUAUAUUAAAUUCUGUCAACACUGGUAGUGAUCGUCGAUUAGUUAGGGUGCGAAUAGAAGCUCUUUACGGAAUAGACAAAGGCAUCCUUCUAAAUGGUGAAAGAGUAAACAACGUUAGAUAUGCCGACGACACCAUGGUGAUAGCAAAUAGUUUAGAGGGACUUCAGAGGCUAAUGGACAGAAUAAACGAGUACAGUCAACAGUACGGACUAAACAUUAAUACCCACAAAACGACACAAAUGAUUAUCAGCAAGGAGAAUAUAAACAAGGCUCAUCUAUACAUUAAUGGGACGCAGAUAGAGCGAGUAAAACAGUAUUGUUACCUUGUAACUAUUAUUAACGAACAGUGGAGCAAUUUACAGAAAAAAAAGUGCCGCAUAGGAAAGGCAAGAACGGCAUGGACGCUUACAGACACCACUAUUAAAAAACUUGAAGCAUUUGAGAUGUGGCUUUAUAGAAGAAUGCUGAGAAUAUCAUGGACAGCAAGGAUCACAAACAAGGAAGUUCUAGGAAAAAUUAAGAAGGAACCAGAGAUUGUGUUUACGAUCAAACGCAUACAAUUGCAAUAUCUGGGACACGUUAUGAGAAAUCAGCACCGUUACUCCCUGCUACAGUCUAUAUUGCAAGGUAAAGUCAAAGGUAAGCGAGGACCCGGUAGAAGGAGAAUAUCAUGGCUGCGGAAUUUAAGAACAUGUUUUAAGAAAACCUCAACGGAGCUGUUUCGAGCCGCAGUGAGCAAGGUUAUGAUUGCCAAUAUGAUUUCCAACAUCCGAAACGGAUAG